AUGUAUCAGUUCAUGUGGAACCGUAGAACCAACAGCAGAUUUCAGCCAACUGCAAACGAUAGACAAAAGGCUGUCGAACGAGCCCAGCUUCAGUUCCCCAUUCGAAUGAAAGAAACCGUCUUUAAUCUUAAACAAGACAAAAUAUUCGCUUCUGAUUGGAUAAACGACAUCAGUGUGCUUGCAGGUACAAAGGACAACAAGUUACUAUUGCUCGACCAGAUUCACAACAACGUAUUCGAAAUUCCACUUAUUGAGAUAGACAAGUUACAGUACCAGCCAAUUCAUUCCUCGUACUUGUCCAACCCUCGAAAACUCCAUAAAUACAACAGCUACACCUACGACUACAACUAUAGCGACUAUAGCAGCAACCAUUAUAACAAUGAUGACAAUUAUGGUAAUAUUAACAUUAAACGAUUGGUGGCCACAAACCCAGAGCCAGUGUAUGAAAAGAAGGGUUUACAUGACGACUUGAUACUGUGUGACCCGCUCAGUCCUACAAGCCAGCAAAUAUCUCGGUUCUCGAGUGUAUUGUUAUCAUCAUCAUCAACACCAGCAUAUUCCGCUUAUUCUGCUUCCGCCUCUGCUUCUGCUUCUGCUAGUUCUAGUGCUGGUGCUGAUACAGAUGCUGUUUCUCCUUCUUCUGGCUGUCAGGGUAUUCGAUGUGUAGCCACAAGCCCAAAUGGCUGCUAUGUAGCCGUUGCAUUGGCUGAUCCUGCUGUUGUGAUGGUUUACCAAUUGCCAACGAUGCGGGGUGUGGCAAUUGCAGAAGGCCACCGUGAUGCUGUGUUUAGCGUGGUUUGGAUUGACGAAGAUAGAUUCAUGACAGGUUCUCGGGAUGGUUCCUUGCGGGUGUGGAGUGUCAAUGAUGCGAUGGAUUGUGGAACUAAUGGCGUCGGCCAUACUAUCAAAUGGCUACGACAAUCCUGGACGUCUUCUUCACGUACUACCACGAGCACGAGCAAGUCCAAGACCAAGAGUAAGGUGCGAGACUUGAAAUUGAUCAAAUGUAACGGUACACAAACGGCGACCAGUCUAACUUCCAAAGGAACCGUGCAAUUGUGGGAUAUCAACACUUUACAAAGGAAAAAUGUCAUAAAACUACCUUUUACACAAGAACUAGUGUGUCUGUCAGUACAACCUAAUAAUAGCAGUCUGAUCGCCGUUGGAUCACAAGCGCACAUCACUUUUGCUGACCCUCGUCAGGAAAGAUGUGCCCAAAGCUUUAAUUCUCAAGAUGAAUUCUGGGGUGUACGAUCGCUUGCGUUCGGGAGUGAGCAUAUUCUGACAUGCGGAGGGGGAAGAGGCCGGCUUUCGUUUAUCGACACCAGAAUGAUGGAAUUCUUACCGCUGUCAAAGUCAAACAACAACAGAAACACUAAUAACAAGAACAUUAAUCAUUAUAAUAACUAUAAUCCUAGCAAUACCAGUAAUGAUGAUAAUGAUGAUAACAGUGAUAAUGGUGGGGAUGAUACAACUAGAACUCAAACUAGAGCUGGGACUAGGACCAGAACUAGAGCUUCAGCUGCGACUGCUAGUGUUUAUCACAACUCAAGCUCAGAAGGCUGGCUAGAUCGUGAUUCUCAAAUGUACAAGACUCAUUUCACUGGUAUUCAAAUACCUCCGGCUAUCUACACUACGGCUUACAAUUCCGAUGGAACUAAACUGUUUACAGCAGGCGGACCGAUACAAUCUGGUCUUAGAGGAUGUUAUGCCGCUGUUUGGUUUUAG